CAUGCAUCAGGAAGAACUUGCUGCGCCCCUCACCCUCUUCCGUUACUUUCCCACUGUUCUCCUUCAGCUUUUGGGCAUCGACGCUUCCCACUGCAGCAUUUACACUACUUAAUAAUGAGCUCUUGCUUUAAAUCAGAAUCAGGGACAGAGAUUCGCCAUCAAUCAGUCCGAAAACCGCACGUUAUCAUAAUCGCGAGUGGAACGGGUGGACAGCGAAGACCCGCGAUAGCAACGAUCGAUUAUAAAACCGACGAAGAUGUUGUCUCACGAAAUAUCGCCCAUCUUGUGGGGGCAGACAUAUAUCCGACUGAGAAGGAAGGUCGAUUCUCGGAAUAUCGUACAGCAAGUAGUGUCUACGAGGAAACAUAUCUGGUAUGGACAGUGGAAAAGCAACCAAAGAAGACACACCAAGGCAAAUUCUAUGUUUCUACAGAAGAGAACCCGAGUUACGACGUGGUGUUCGGUACAACCAGUGCGGCAAUAUUGGAAUCAUCAACGAAGAAGCGUUGGUGGCUCGGUUUGAGGCGAGAGGAAAGCAGCUGGUAA